AUGCUGGGCCCAGACGCCUUUACGCUGGAGACGCUCUUGAAGGCGUCACCAGCACUACCUGAACUCACGCCCGUUCAACGGCUCCUUUGGCACCCUUCAAGCCCCGAAGAAGAAGACUAUCCGUGCAAACCACAAGCUCAUCAUUAUGGAGGCACCCAACUUCACCAGGUUCAAAUCGGAAAUCCCCGGGACCGGGAGAACCAGAAGGUCAAGCACAAAAAUGUCGAGGCUACGGCCACCGCCUUGGCCGCUGUCCUGACCAAUGCCAUCACUGGCGUCGUAGCUCAUGGUAUGAUCGACAUGGAGGCCGCAGAGCAGCGUGGCAGCAUCGCCGGAUAG